GGUAAACGCGGUUUUACAGACUUGGGAAGGACAAAUCAGAAAACAAGGACACCUCAAUAAUACUGUUCUUGUGUAAGCUCAUUAGAUUCUGAGCUAUGAAUUCGCUUUUGGUUACUACCACAACUGAAAAACAGGUCGAUGCCGCAAUUGUUUGGGAUCCUUUAGGGGGAAACCCAGUCGCUAGUUUAUCUGGUGAUAUGGCUUCGAAAUCGUCUAUCACCGGGUACUUCGGAGGUGUAGCUUGUGCAGCUGCCAGGAAACCUAUUAUACAGACUUGGAAUUUUAAUAGUGCUACCUCAGCGCACAAAAAUAUUUUGACGAAAGGAUUAGUUAGUGCUUUUGUUUUCACUCCCGAUGGAAAUUAUAUUAUCGUUGCAUUUGAUAGGGAAAUUUAUGUAUACCAGACUGUGAGUGGAUGCCUUAUGGGUGUUUUAGAAGGAUCCCAUUCUGCAAGAAUAUGUGAAAUGAAACUGUCCAAAUGGAAUUCAAACGGGCCAGCGUUUCUUAUUUCCGCUGAUAUAUCUGGGUUUCUAGCUUGUUGGUCCUUGGGGAGUCUUAUCAACGGACUAAACAUGAUGAGUACACAGAGUGCUACUGAAGUUGAGUCUCAUUCAAAUGCCAAUCUAUCAAGUGCCAAACAUCUUCCGCUCUGGUAUGUUAUUCAAGCAAGUACUAGUCAUCCUGUAUGUGCAGUUAUGGAUGAUAUAGUUGUCGUGGGUGGAUCACAAGGUCUUAAGGUAAGUUGGUAUUUAUCUCUUAAUAACGCAGGAACUUAUCCAAACAAUGACGUGUUCUAUUCGUCACCAGAAGUUUCAUGUAGCUGUGCAGCGGAGGGGAGCAAACUGUUUUAUUAGUGUCCCAUGAACACAAUGAUGCGUCAGGCGAGUCACAGAAAUACCAGUGUUUGCAACCAAGAUAUUGACACCCAUUUGUUGAGGAAGUUAACAUUUACUUACAUAAUCAUCAACGUCAAAAGUAUCACCUUAUUAGUGAGAUCAGCUCCAUUGCGGACAAUUUUUACUACUUCACUGUCAUUAGGUGUCGUUUUCUUCGUAAAGCGUAAUACUGGCUCUAGAUUUGUUUGUCAGUUUGGAUGUCAAUUAGGACUGACGUACAAAAAAACACUUGUUUACGAAUUUAAGUUACUCCAAGAAAAUAAACAUUUCUAGAUUAUGAAACCUCCGUUAUUGACGAAUAAAGUCAGAAGAUUCUGCUUGUUUUGACCGUCCAUCCAGCGUUACUUAUUUUAAACACAAACGUUGAUACAAGGGGGCACCAGAAUAUAUGUACACCUUACAGUAAAAAUGAGGUGACGAGAUGGAAAAAGGAAAGUGAAAAUAAUAAAAAAAUAAAAUAAAUAGGACUUAGUAUAUGGGAGUGAAAUAAUGAGAGAAACGGUUCAGUUGAGAAAAAUGCAACCAGAGAGAAUUCUUUUAUUUAAAGAAAUGACUAGCACUUUUAUGAAGAAAGUUACAGCCAUUUCUGAUAAAGUCUCUAGCCACUGUCCUGGACUUUCUCUAGGACCCCAACCAGGGAGUGGUAAAAGACCAAAACAUCGCAGUCAUGUACAGCUUUCUUUCAUACCAUGACACUAUGUCAUUACUGACCACCUCUCCGCUUUUUCAAACAGUCCCAGUGUCGGCAAAUGAUGUGAAAUUUUAUCGGACGACAUUCGUAGGAUAUGCCCAAGCCACCAAAGUCGGUGUUUCAAGAUGGUGCCCGAACACAUGUUUUCGAACCUCCUCAUUACUAGCAUAGUGUUGUCACUCGAUGUCAGCAAUCCUUCAGAGACAAUGGUGAUCAAACACAGAGUCGUGCAACAUCAACUCAGAGAGGCUAGGCUUCACAAGCAUAUAGCAAAACUGCUUUCACCUACGCGUUGUAAAUCCGAACUUUUACAGCCAGGCUAACAUAACAAAGGCGCCAAACGUGACCUAGAUUGGCAUAAGACACUCUGGCUUUUACUAUAGAUGAAUUGAUCUCAUUACUCAUGUCACCACCAGCACUUACACAACUACCCAUAUACACGAACUUCUCAACUACUUCUAACUGCUCACUGCCAAGAGUGAGUGUAGGCAUCGAGUCCUGUUAGUCUUGCCAGAGUACUGUGGACUUGGAAGGCGCAAAUCAAAUGCCAUAACUACGGACACUGAUUGGCAACUGACUAAGUGUGGAUUGGAUAGUUUGGGUAUCAUCGCACAGUAAGACAAUGUCAUCAGGAUACUCAAGGUCAGAAAGUUUUUCUCCACGCAACAGAUCCUCACCACCAUUACCUACAUCCAUCGGGGCUGUUUUUAGGGAGUCAUCGAUGGUAAAGUCGAAGAUGAGUGGUGAGGUUUGGAAGCCCUGCUGCUCGAAUGUUGCACAAACUUUGCACAACUUCAUUAGGUAAGAGCCUGUGUUUAUCGUCAAACUCACGGUUAGCCGGAGUAGACUGUCAUCCCUCAAUAAAUUUUAAGGAGCCUGCAGAAACCCAUUACUUAUAAGCGGAAAGUUUCGCGAAGCUGUAAGCAACUGUACUCGUCGUUUCCAUAAUGACAUGCAUGUGCAGCCAGUGCAUAUCUAUACUUUUAGGUGGGUUGAUAGUUAGCUUUGAACCUAGCCCGGUUUGAUAUUUAGUCGCAACAGAAGCUGUAACCAAUUCGCUGACAUCCAUCCGUUUAGGGCUGUAGAUUUGUUGGCCACUGAAACGUGAGCUAAGAUUAACUCAAACAAGAGCAUGACCAGAGCCCAGAUAAGUAAUCCAAGAGGAGCGGCAGUGUUGUACAUACCCGCAUCAAUGGUAGCUGAUCGCGAUGUGAUUAGUCUGAGUCCAGGUUUGAAAUGCAGAGGGAGGACGUCAGGUAGCACACCUGUGAAAAUUGCCGAUGCUUAUUGCCAACCAGAAUUAGGCCAACCUUUAAAACCGUGUUUGCUUGAUUCGAAGUCGUGUCAUAUACUUUUUAUCAUGAAGAGUUCAAUCUACACUAAAUAAGACUAAUAAGGAAACCGACUGUUAAUAAGUUUCAAAAGUAUCUGCACCUAAAAUCAUGACAACUCGUUGAGUUAUCAUUCUAAUCCACUGCAUGUCUGCUUAGCACAUGCUUUUUGGUAGACAAUUGGAAUAAUUAUUGGUCUUAUUUCUUUUUGCAGAUAUAUGCUUUGUAUGAUGGUUGUGUUCUUGGAUCAUUACUCACAAACGUUUCUGGUGGGUUGUUAAGCCUUUGUCCUUCACCUGACAAUAAUGGAAAUCUAUUUUGUGGUGGGAAUGAUGGUUUACUAUACACUGCUUUUAUACAAUCUCAAAGGGGUUGCUAUUCUGCAGAUAAGGAAAUACAUCGUUGUUUCUCUGACUCCAAUUUUUCAGCUUCACAAAAAGCAGUAAUUAUGAUGACGAUGGAUCCGAAUUGUGAAAUGUUAGUGGUAGGUGCGCGCUUUGGGCUAAUUGAAAUACUAAGACCUGACUCGUUACUCACUUGCGUACAGCGGUUCUCAGUGUUCAAUCCGUCCAUAACCAACGAUUCAACAAAUACUUGUUUGACAGGUUUAUGUUUAAUACCUCGCCCUGAUUGGUUAUCUAAUACCGUUGGAAUAGAAUCAGUUGAUGCUAAAACUUCAUCCAAUUCCGAUCAUUAUACAGAUCAAAAUGGAGGUUUGAACUCUUCUAAUCCUCGAACAUGUUUUAUUGAACCAUUCAAAUCCCACUUUGGUUGGAGGCUUGAUGAUACAGUGUGUGUCCGCAUACCUGAAUUAGCAGAGGUAAGUUUAAACUACUGUAUUUCCUCUCAAAAACACAAUUCCGUGGGCAACAAGCUAUCUAGUAGUAGAAUAGCAAUAUAAUUCUACCUUUCCGUUUUAACGUUAGGACUAGCCAAUAAAAUAAUCGAAUAAACGGUGAUUCAACGAUAUAGCCGAACAGACAGGUAUUAGACUCGUAACCUAUUUCAAAAUUUCUGCCAAAAUAAGUUUCAGCGGACAGAAUGUCUGCCGCAUUAACUACGAAUGUAGAGCAGAAGUCGAAUUUUUCAUCAGAAGAAGCAAGCAUCUUUAUGGAUGAUUUUUACCCUGUUUCAGGUAUGAGCCAAAUAAAACUUGACAGUUUGGGAAGUGAAGAGCAUAAAGUUUUAAGACAAGAAAUUGAUCGCGUUACUGCAUCCAAUCGCGAGCUACUUCGAAGACUUGUCAAUUUUGAAUUGAGAUCGUCAGUGUGAUUUUUUGUGAAAUGUACAAAAUACACUUUUCCAUGAAAGAAGCGUAGCCCUUAGUUGUGAUAUUUUCAUUCUUGUUUCUUGUCGUCACUACUUGACUUAGUGCACAUGCUUGGUAUCUUCAGUACCAAUGAUUUGUUUGGAUCUAGAUGUAUGCUACGAUAAAUAGAUUGCGUUAAAACAUAGUCUAAGUUUUAACUAUGUACUUUACGAACCAUCAGAGAUCAAUGACAGGCAUAAAAAGUGGGAAAAUCACUUCUUUAACUUCAAAUAGUCUAUUUUAUUUCGAAUUGAUUCUGUCCAUCGGAUCUUUAUACUGUAACACCGGUUUAAACUUGCUCCAUAAAUUUUAUUAUAGCAAUUUCCAUUAUCAAGCAUUAUCUUUUUACUGUACUGUUGCUUUAUUACGACUAGUUCGAAUACUGGUGAUCAUGUGUUCCGAAGAGGCGGCAAUGCCUCCGGAUUUAUUCCGUUUUGCUUCUUCCCUCAUAAUCAGUCACAUUCACUAUCGUCAAUGUGUGAACUCUUUAAACAACUAUAAAUGAGUUAAACCCAUUUCCAGUUUAUAUAUCUGUAAAAACUUGGCUUCGAUAACCACUUGUCUACUAUCCCAGUAGGAUCAUUAAAUAGGCUCACCUAAUAUAAACAUAUCCUCAGCUUUAGGUAACUUCAGGCAUUUUUAGUGUAAAUAUGAUAUAUUCUUUUAUAUAAAUUGGCAUAAAAAUAACUUAAAUGUAGGUUAUCGAAAUGUCUACACAAAGAUUGUUAAUAAUGGUAAUACGCAACAACAAAGAAAAAUGAAAAAAAAGUCUCUAUGCUAGCCUUCACGUAAUAGGUGUUUAGGUUGAUCAAAGAAACAGUUACUAUAAUGCCAGGUGUGAGUAUGACUGCCUCGAAAAGGGCGGGAAUUUGGCUAAUCACCCCAGGCGUCUGAAGAGAUGAGAUUAUAGCAACUCACGCGCAACUGAGUCGGUUCACAUUUAAUUCGGUUAAGUCAUUUUGUUAACUUAUUAACGAACUGAGUCAUCGGUACAGCAUCAACUUAUCUAUAUCAUUGUAUCUUUAUUAUUGUUGCGAAUGUAUGAACAUGUAUGCUUGAGCAUUGCUUACUGCCUACGCAUUUAUUCACGCUGCUAGCCAUACUACCAACCACUUAAUUGAUUCGAUGAUUGAUUCAUUUCACUAUGUAUAUAUAUGUCCAUGUUAUUCAUGUUCAUUACUCUCUCUCUCUCGCUCAAGUGUACUUGCUUACUUGUACUCAUAUUCGCUGACUCACUCGCUCGCUCGCUUGCCUUUCGGCACAAAUCUUUCAUGCUUGUUUAACGCACCUGUAAUUUUGGAUAUUUGUGUGUGGUCCCAUAUUAAAC